ACCCUGAAGGUGGGAGAAGAGGCACCCUGUGCUCCAUGAGCUCCUCCCUCCUGGAGCACUGUGAACUUGGUGGUUGCAUUUAUAUCAGAGGCUUUGUUCUAGUUGUGGUAGUUGCUGGAAAAAUCCACUUCAAUCCUGAGGAUAACAGUAUUAAUACAGCUUUCUGCUCAGGCUAAGUGUAAUGAUUAAACACAGUGAUGGAGCUGAAGUAAUGUGACUUAGCAGUGAGUGGAAAGACUUCCCUGGUGACCAGAAUUGAGGUGGCUCCUGUGGUGAGCUCUCUGCAGACCUGUGUGCCCCUGUGUGUGAGUUUCUCUGUCUCUAAAUCUGUGUUGUUUUAGAAGUUCCAUGCAUAAGCAGGCCUGGCCUCUGCAGGGGAGAUCAGCUUUGGCAAACUGGAGAUCUGGUAAUGCCCAUGUGUGCUGACACUACAGAGAGUGGUUCUCAGGAAUUCCUAAUUUCCAAAAGGCAGCUUAUCUUCAGACCUUGAACUGGUUUAAGAAGGGUAAAGCUUCACUCGAACUGAGACUAGAAUGGACAGUUACUUCAAAGCUGCAGUGUGUGACUUGGACAAGUUGCUCGAUGAAUUCGAGCAGAACACAGAUGAAUAUGACUGCUUCAGAACACCUCAAAACCCAUGUGACUCAAAGCACUGUUCCCUCCUCUCAGUCCUGGGGUGCUUACAACAUGCAUUCCCAGCACCAGAGCUGCCAGAGGAUGCUGACAGCUGCCCUUCCCCAGAGAAGACCCCUCUCGUUAGCCACGCUGGGACAAGGGGCGUGCUGCUCAGUGAGUCACCACCGCAGGAGCAGAGUGUUGCUGGACCUGAUCUUCUGUCCACUGUGGACAGUGGUUCCUUAAAUGAAAUGGAGGCUUCCAGCCUGGGAAGGUGUGGCAUACCUGUGUGUGAUCUUGUUAAUGACACGGCUGAUUUAAUCCAUGCUCACCAAGGUUCUCACAAGUCGCAGCCAGCUGACUUCCAGUGCAGCCAAGGGUCAAUUGGCUUUGGCCUGUCUUGCAUACCUGUUCCUAUUUGUGUGUCAUCAUCUGGUUGCAGGGAUGCUUCCAGCACAGAGCAGAGUGAUGGGGACUCAAUGCUUCAAGAUUCAGGGUGUCUUACAACAGAGGAAAUGAAUCAUUUAGCUUUAAAAUCAGACAGUUACACUACAGGAGAGAUCUUGGAUUCAUGUGAUGAUCAACACAGGACAGAACCUGUAAAGUGCAGUGAAGUACUUGAUCAGCCUGAACAAGCUGCUCACCUUGAUAUUGAAUGUGUCCCUGUAAUAACACAGAAUUCAAAUGCAAAUGGUCCCAAAGAUGAGAAAGCUUGUGAAAAACUGCUUUGUGAAUCACAAGAUGAUAGUGCAUGUUCUGCAGUAAGCAAAGAGAUGCAUGGAAGAAAUGUCAUAGGAAAGGGAGACCCAAAAGAUGGGAGUAAUGCUGUAUCCAUACUUUCAGAUCUGCUCAAGAGGCAUCAGGUGCACAAAACCCAUGCAACAUUACCUGGAAUUUGUGUUGCACCAGGCUCCUCAUGUCAAACAGGAGCUGAAGUACAACUGGAAGAGAAAAUCACAGAAGAGAAUGUAUGUAGUGAAGAACUUAACAGCAGUGAGACACUAAGGAGUGUUUCCAGUUUGCGUAUUUCAGCUGAGGAUGUCCAGACCUCUCUGUCAUGUCUCCCUGUGUCCAUGUGCAGCUCAUUAGUUGUAAGAGAAGAAAAGGUUAAUCCUCUACCUCAGAAUGCAGUGGCAGAGGUUAUUAGUGGUACUGUAGCUGUUCAUUCUGGAGCAUCUAAAACUGAUCCCUCUGGCAGGGAAUCCUGUGAAAAUACUGACUGGCAUGAGCAGGAAGAAUAUUUAGCUGAAAUCAGCAAAAGCAUUGUGGAAAACAGUGAGGAUGGAGUGCAGUGCAAUGCUCAGAGUGUAAUUGAUGGUGGUGACUCUCAGGAAAUUGAAGCUUUUGCUUCUGCUUUUCUAGACCUUGAGGUUGAGCCAUAUGAUGUAGGUGUGGACAGCUUCUAUGAUGAAAGUAUGAGCCCAGUUGUGGCUGACCUUACUGUGGAGGAGAGUGCUAUUAAAAGUGAUAUUCUAGUCAGCGACAGUGAGCUUGAUGAUUUCUUGUAUGGACAAAGUCUGCAGUCCAAGGUGUUUAAGUCUUCAGACAAUGAUAGUAACUUAAUAGAAAAUAAUGCAGAUGAAGGGAAUGUAACAGAUGUGAACAACCUGGAUUUCACAGAGGUCACUGAAGAACUUAUGCAAGCAAAGCUGGAGGAGACAAUGAGCAUUAAUAGUAAUGUUAAAGUAUCUCUUUCUGCCAGCUAUUUGGAAGCUGCAGCAGAAGAUAAUGUAUCUCAUGGUCAGGACGUAACUGAGAGUGGUAGGGAAGCUUUGGCUUCUGAUGUUCCUACUGAAGGUGCAAGACCAAAGCAGUUGCUUGGCCUUUCCCAAGCUGCUGCUGGUCAGAAACAACUGAACAAAACAAAUGUACUUGAGAGAGAAAACCAGGAACAUGGUUCUGUUACCCCAGAAGUUCCCCUCUCAGGCAGCAGUGUAAGUGUUAGUAAGAACUCUGACCCUGGGGAAGGCAUCUCUGAAACUGGAGGAAACCAAACAUCUGAAAACACAGAGUCACUUAAAACACCUGCAGCUCUGCUGUGGAAACAGCCACUGUGGGUCCCUGAUUCAGAGGCCCCCAACUGCAUGAACUGCCAAGUGAAGUUCACGUUCACAAAGAGACGACACCACUGCCGAGCUUGUGGGAAGGUUUUUUGUGGUAGCUGUUGCAAACGAAAAUGCAAACUACAGUACAUGGAGAAGGAGGCAAGAGUCUGUACUGGCUGUUACAAUGACAUUAAUAAAGCACAGGCAUUUGAAAGGAUGAUGAGUCCAACUGGUCUUGUUCCCAGUUCCAGUGUCUCCUCUGAACAUUCUGCUGUUCCACCAGUAGAAGAAGCCCAGAUGCCUGGUAGUGCCAGCUCCCCUUCACUUUCUGCAUUGUUGCCUAUCUCAGCCCUUAAACAACCUGGUAUUGAAGGGCUGUGCCCCAGAGAGCAGAGGAGGGUCUGGUUUGCAGAUGGUAUUUUGCCCAAUGGUGAAGUGGCAGACACGACAAAACUGUCCUCUGGAGCCAAGAGGUUGUCGCAGGACUUAAGUCCAGUGAACCCUGACUUGCCAGAGACUCAUACGGCUGCAAACCCAGAGGAAGAUGACAUGUUAACUGAUGUAAAUCAAAAAUGGAAGGAAAAAAUUGAUAUUAUGACAAGAACAGAGGAAUCACAUCCUUCUGUUCCUUCAGACAACGCACAGCAGCGUGUCUCGGGCCAGAGUGAGUUGGUACCUAGUUAUGAAUCUGUAACUCUAGGAACUGAAGAGUGUUCUCCUGCUGCAGAGGCCAAGACCAGUUGCAGUGCAGUGGAUCAGGCUGCACAUGAUGUGUCUGUUAGUCCUUCAAGUUACAGAGCACUGUGUGGGGUCGAAAAGUGUGUGCGAAGAGACAUCAGCCUUGUUCCUGAUGGGGAUAACCUGCCACCACUUCUGCUGGCUGUGGGUGAAAAAGGAAAAGAUCCCGUGGUGGAGGAACAUCCAUCUCACCAAAAGAUCACCUCGCUGCUUGGGGAAGGAGGUCCUACUCCAUUAACUUUUAUCCUAAAUGCAAACUUGCUUGUCAAUGUCAAGCUAAUAACAUGUUCCUCAGAAAGGUGCUGGUGCUUCUCAACCAAUGGACUGCAUGGUUUGGGUCAGGCAGAAAUUGUCAUUCUGUUACAGCGUUUGCCAGAAGAAGAUGUUUUCCCCAGUGAAAUGUUCAAAUUAUUUCUUGAGAUCUAUAAGGAUGCAAUGAAAGGAAGGUUUGUAAGAAACAUGGAAAACAUUACUUUUACUGAAAACUUUCUCAGCAACAAAGAGCAUGGAGGAUUCCUGUUUGUUUCACCAACUUUUCAGAAACUUGAUGAUCAGAUUCUACCGGAUAACCCUUUUCUUUGUGGCAUUCUCAUCCAUAAGCUGGAAAUACCCUGGGCUAAAGUGUUUCCAAUCCGUUUAAUGUUGAGACUGGGAGCAGAAUACGGAGCCUAUCCAACUCCUGUGGUGAGUUACAGGCACCGGAAGCCACUUUUUGGAGAGAUCGGGCACACAAUUAUGAAUCUGCUUGUUGACCUUAGAAAUUAUCAGUAUACUUUGCAUACCAUAGACAACCUUUUUGUUCAUGUGGAAAUGGGUAGAAGCUGUAUUAAAAUACCCCUAAAGAAGUAUAAUGAGAUAAUGAAGGUCAUAAAUUCUUCUAAUGAACAUGUAAUUAGCAUUGGAGCAAGUUUUAAUACCGAAGCAGAUUCUCACCUGGUGUGUGUGCAGAACAAGCAUGGCCUCUAUCACACACAGGCAGUCAGUGCCACGGGACAUCCCAGGAAAGUUACAGGUGCAAGUUUUGUGGUGUUUAAUGGAGCCUUAAAAACAUCUUCAGGAUUUUUAGCUAAAUCCAGUAUAGUUGAAGAUGGACUAAUGGUACAAAUAACACGAGAAACAAUGGAAAGCCUACGUCAGGCAUUGAGAGACAAGAAAGACUUCAGAAUUACCUGUGGAAAAAUGGAUACAGAGGAUGUAAAAGAAUACGUGGAUAUUUGCUGGGUAGAAAAUGAAGAGAAAACAAACAAAGGAAUUUUAAGCCCAGUAGAUGGAAAAUCAAUUGGAGGAACUCAGAGUGAAAAAACACCACAAGGCAGAGACUUCGAAAGAGAGGGAAAAGUUAUGAAGUGCACUGAAGUUUGCUAUUUUGUGAAGGACAAUGAACUCUCCAGUGCUGUUCCUCACCAGUUUGCUAAAGAGAUUGCCACUGCCUGCAGCACUGCUCUCUGCCCUCACCUCAAAACCUUGAAAAGUAAUGGAAUGAAUAAGAUAGGCCUGAGAGUUUCCAUUGACUCAGAUAUGGUUGAAUACUUAGCUGGAUCUGGAGGUCAUCUUCUUCCACAGAACUAUCUGAAUGACUUGGACAGUGCGCUGAUUCCUGUGAUUCAUGGUGGAAUGUCAGAUCCUACCACACUACCAGUGAAAAUGGAAUUAAUAUUUUUCAUUACAGAACACUUGUUUUGAUAAGGCUGAUGGCAGGCAAUAUACUGAUUUGCUAGAUCUGAACACCAAAGUUAUAAUGCCACAAACACUAACAAUGUUAAAGUUUCUAAACCUGUUGCAUUUAAUAGCUUUUCAAACUGUUUUUUUAACCCUCUCAGAUCCUCUCUGGUUACUCUACCACAAAGGAAUUGUAGUUUGUAAUGUUCCUAAAGUCCUGAAAGUUUACACUUAAUACAGGUGCAGAAGAGGGCAGGUUUUGUUAAUCUUUACACAGCUGUAGCAUUUACUAUACCUAGUGUAACUCCAAGCCAUACUGCCUUGCCUCAACCUCAGAUAAGUGUGUUACUACGAGUUGCUAUGGUUAAAUGUAAUCUCUGCAGCAAGUGCUUCCCACCUGCAAAGGAGCUGAACACUGAAGCAAAGCUGGCCCAGAACUGUUCCCCUGCCCUCUGAGGUGCAGACACGAGACCCUCUGUAGCUGACUGUGAGCCCCACGUGUCAGGGCAGGGCGAACUCUGCAGGUGUGUUGAAGACUUUGUGGGUGAGCUCCUUAACAUGGGGAUUGAUGCUGGUGCUUCAGAAACAUAUGCUCUGCAUUAAUGUUUUAUAGAAUAACUGAUAUCUUUCUUGUAUUUUUAACGUUUUAGCUAACUUAAAUUGAUGCUAUUUUUAUAAAAAGUGCUUUCUUUUUUUUCCUUUACUGUGGUUUAGAAGUCCUGAUACAAUUUGACCUUUCAAGGAUUAUAAAAAAAAGAUUAGCCUUGAUAUAAUCUACAUGUAGCAGUAAGUCAGACAAGAAUUCUGCAGUA